CUGUGAUGUGUUUUUGUUUUUAUCACAGGGUUUGACAUCCUCGAUUUUUCAGACCAAAUGUCUCUUCUGUCCGUCUCGUCGCUGGAGGUCAUGUUUCUCCUCUCGGCUCAGCAGUUCUCCACUCACCCAACAAGCCCGAGUCCAGCCCUGCAGGUUUUCAAUCCAUCAACACACAACUGUCUGAGAAAUGUAGAAUCAAAGGAAAACAUCCACAGUCAAACGAUGGGAAAUUCAGGAAGUAGUGAGGAUCUCUUAGGGCCGGUGCUCAACUUCUUCCACAGCAUGAAGACGCUGCGGGUGACAGAGGCCGAGUACGGCCUGCUCACCGCCACAGCUCUCCUCUGCUCAGACCGAGCGUCCCUACACGUUGCCAGCUGUGUUGAGAAAAUGCAGGAGCUGAUCCUGGACCUGCUGUCCCGAGUGUGUGGGGCCCAGGCUGGAGCUGCACGAGGGGGACCACAGCGGUUUGGUUCCCUGCUGGGAAGACUGACGGAGCUCCGGACCCUGCGUCAUAAUUACUUCCUCCUGACAAGACAGCAGCCUGGACCUUGAUGGAGAGAAACGUCAACCUCUGUUUUCUCUGAGGAGUUUCCCGUCUUUGCUUCAGAUUAAGGACUAAAAUGCUCACACGUGCUGAGAAAAUGUGAUAUUUUGUAAAUGUUUUUAGGAGUUUUAAUCACAUAUUGAUGAGCUGUUGGAAAAAAUAGACCAAGAUCAUCCACCACUUUCUCAAUUUUAGCCUCUGAAUGUGCUGAUGGUCUCCAGUGGUUUGUAUGAGCAAAGCAAUGUUUAUAGAAUUUUUUUUUUAUAUAUAUAUAUAGCUGUUAUUUUAGUUAAAAUGUUAUGCUGAAAGUACUUUUUAUUAUGUCGAGUACUGUUAAAAAUGCAUACUGAUCUAACUCAACCUUUUAUAACUGAAAAACAAAAAACAAAAGUGCAGCGAAGUAUGACAAAUAUUUUUAAUACAGCAUUUAUUUCCCAAAACGAGGAAAUGCCAGUUUGGACAAAAUAUUUGGUAAGCAGAUAAAAUAUGCAGGUCAUACAAGCUUAUAAAGGUGUAUUUAUCCACUUGAUAAAAAUGGGGCUCCAUAAUAAAUAAAAUCUUCUGGGGGGGUCAUCAGUGAACGAUGGCAAAUAAGAGUUAUUUCAUUAAACAACAUCCAACCAAACAUGAAUUCAUCUGUUGAAAUUUUGCUUGUUUCUUUUUCUAAAACCUCACUCCGUUUUUUUUAAAAUAAAUUUAAUUCUCCACUUUAACCAAUAUAGCUUUAUUUCUAUAGUUCUGUCAUAAAUAAAUUAUUUCUCUCUGUAUCAAAAAGAGAAUUCAAAUAUAAAGAACAGUUCAUUGUGUUGCAUCUCUGAAUCCACACACACACACGCACAUACGCGCACACACACACACACACUCAGACACAAACACAUAACACAGUGAAAUUAUAUCAGCGAUAAUCUAAAUACACUGCAGCAAGUCAGGAAUUAUUUUAUCUCCACAAAUAUACACAGCCUCGCUUUGCCCUUGUGGGCUGAUUGAAGUACGCAUUUUUAUAAAAACAGCAACAUUAAAUUAAGUUGGGUUUGAUAACACACACAUAUGUACACAAACUGUGCCUUUAUAAUAUACAAGUGUCUCUGUAAAAGGUUAAAAUGUAAAAAGCUACUGUAUAAAAGAUGGCAGUGAUCCAUUCA